AUGUCUAUCGGGACUAACAUAGUCGCCGAUUUUUUCACGGAGAAUAACUCUCUCGCUGACGGCGACGACGAAGAUGAGGGAAGCCAAGUACGAAAUACAUCAUCACAUCAUCCUACGAGACAUCCGGCGCUGCGGGACGAAGCGGCGGCCCGCGUACCCGUGAGCGUGGACGUGGCUCAGUACGCUCCCGAUCACGUAUACGCGCAUGAGAAUGUCGAUAUUCAACUUGAUGCGAAAUGCGGAGGGGAGACGAUGGCGGUGUAUGGCCUUGGCAGCAUUGAUCGUCUGGGACUCCAUCCGGAUGCCGGACGAAAAGUCGUUUCAACUCAAUGCCGAUGGAGACAGAACUUCGGUAUCCACAAGAAUAAAGAAUACCGACUUGACAGCUUGGCUAAGGCUACCGACACAUGCGAGCUGCGGCAGAAUAUGGGGGCCGCUAAACUAGCUGCGGCUACGGGCGGUCUAAGACAAGGAUCCCCCGGACAGUUCCUCUUGCGGCGCAUAAUUAUGUACGUUAACACUGUAAUUGCGGUUUUCUUCGGAUUCUGUUUCAUUGUCACCAGAUAUCGCUAA